CAGGUCAAAACCAAAACACUUGAGUCAUUCGCUUGCGACUUUGGGAGUUCUCGGCUGAUGAAGCGAGACAAAUAAUGAAAAUACUGCCCCACCAUCGCCUCAGCCUAUCGAUGGGUGAAUCCGGCUCGCGUCGCUCCACGCUAGUCUCCCGCCUGCCCAUCUUCCGGCGGAGCAACUGCAAGAGACAGGACUCGCUGCCAUCGUCACCGUCGUCAGGGGGCAACUGCGCACACACUUCGUCGCCCUCCAGCACCAACUCCAGCUCAGGGAGCACCGGCAAACGUCGGAGUCUCUUUCGCGCACCCUCUCUGAGCUUCUCAGCCAAGCGGAGCAGCAAUCCUCGCGUCCAGCCCGUCAACUUGAACCUCACGUCGCCCUCAGUCUCUGCCCAAACCACCGAUGCCAAUGGGAACAGCCAGCAGCCGACUACUGCGUCACAGUCGGGAGGUUUUAGUGAAGCUCACACAAAGUCGCGACACUCGUUUGGCUUUGGGAGCUAUCGGCAGAAAAAAAUCACACGCUCUCAAACUGAGGAUUUCGACAAAGCCUCGGCCUCCUCUUCCACAAAUAAUCGGAACGUCUUCAUCAACUGCCUCAGUGGCUCGACGGCCAAUGAGGGCGAUGACUCAGGUUUCAUUGAAGAUUACGGCAACGGGCGCUCGUCGCGACACAAGAAACACCUGUUGCCCAAGUCCCUUUCGGCCCAUCACCGCUUUCCUCACCAGAGGCCACCAGGGGAGAAUCCUGAGAGUCCUGGCAUUGCUACAGUCACCCCGGGGACCGGAGGGCUCACCCCAGCUUCUUGUCCAAGUGACGUCGGCCUGGAGAGCUCGCUUCAGUCUCCCAUGGUAUCAGAGGAUCGCACCACAGCCAUCACCCCAUCCGAAUUCAUUCCUAUUACCGAAGACUCUGUCUCUGAGGCCGAAGCUCUGCCAGCUCCCAGUCCUGGACCGAUCCUAGUGUCUGGGCCCAUCACUGACACUGCUGCAACUGAUGGUCAACCUGUCCAAGAGACUAUAUCUUCCUCACAGGCUCCUCUGGGCACUGAGAAGCCAUUACUGCCUGAAACCAGCACAGCCAACAACACUGACUACGAAACGGCCGUCUCCCUCUCGGAACCAGAAACUGCUGUGCCCUGCUCGUCCCCGCGAGUGCAGUUGCCGGAUGAGAGGGACCAGCGCAAAGAAAAGGAAGAGGUGGCUGACAGAGGGACGUCGGGAAAGAAGAAUACUGAGACCACCAGUGAAAGUGAGGCGGGACCACCGAGAAGUGACAGCUGCCGUUCAUACCCAGAACAGUCGGAGAGAAGGACGAGACACACCCUGUCAGUUCACGAGAGAGGAACCUUUUGUGGCUGCCGAGAACCCAGAUCCUGUCACAUAAGGAAACCACAUACAGCCUCGCUGUGCAGCAGUGUUAGCCCCUACCAUGAGGUGAUGCGCUUGGAGAGGCGCUUGCGUUCCUCUUCUGAAGGGGCUGGCGGUCCUCGUAUCCACAGCAAUCAUCGGGACACCCCUGGCAUGGAGGGAUGUGGCCUGCUGAAACACAGGAACAACUCUUCAUCUUCCAAACUAGGAAGUUUGGACGUCCUGAAUAAUUUGGGCUCUUCUGAGCUGGAUGAAGAUGACCUCAUGUUGGAUCUGGACCUGUCUGAUGAUCAACGCCAUCGUUACGUUUCUAGGCAGGACUCCAGUCAGUCUUUGGCAUCCUGUCUCAACUUGCUCCACUCCCCUAUCGACCAAUCAGGAGAUCGCAUACCAGUGAAAGACAAUUGUUACAGAGAGCUCCGACGUCCGACGAGUCUGCUGCCUGGUGACUGCAGCUCUGCUAUGCUUUUGGGGAGGGAAGACGAGCCAUUGCCCCCUGGAGUGGAGACCUUACCUUGGAGACUGAUGCAGCAGGACUGCACAGCUGUUAAGACCCUACUUUUGAGACUGAGGCGCACCCUGCAGGAGAGUACCGAGACAAGUCCUGCUAGCAGUCUUCAGUCCCUACCUAUUAGCCCGUGCAGUGAAAAGUCUCUUCCAUUUAAGGACUGGAACAGAGAAGAGGCGUUGCUGCAGCAACUGAAGGAGAAAGACGAACUGAUUCUCCGACUGCAGAGUGAACUGGAGAGUGCCAAAGCCCUGAAAAUGAAAGACGGCCGUGCGAGCGACCGUGCCACACAGACAGAGCACAUGGGGCUAGAGGGCAUCAAGGCGCAUGGGAGCGCCACGUUGUCCUCAAGGAGACAACUGAGCGGGCCUGGCAAGAGCGGCACAGGAUGGGGGGACGGCAGGCACCUAACUGGGCACAGAUGGCACCGACGGACAGACGUUGACGAUAGCGACAAGAACACUUUAAUAUAUAAUUAUCUGUACAAUGACAGGGUACACUACAGUCAGAUGUGGAGGGGGUGGUGGGGACUCCAGGGAUGUAAGGGUACAAGGACGGGAGCUGAGAAGACAGAAGGUGAGAGGAAGCAAGUCAAGGACUGUGGCCACACGCACACAUCUAUUUUUGAAAGUGCGGAUUUUAUCGAGCGUUUUAGUCUUUUGUCGACACGCAAACUUGGUUUUCAAAACGCAACGUGUCUCAUCAGCAUUGACAGAAUUUAGACUUAAACUAGCAUCAUGCUUCAAUACAUAUCCACUUUUGUUUUUUGCAUUAUAUUACAUAACCGACUACCAUACAAAGUACACUACUCACAAAGAGUUUUGGAUAUCGAGCCUCUGGUGAGCUUUCAAGAUAUGAUCAGAAAAUUAUAGUCAUUAUAUAAUCGUUAUAGUGUUUGCAGGUGAACUUAGUUUCACCUUUUCUAAGUGUUAUUCUCGAACAAGGAGUUGAAUGGAAAAUUCACAACAGGUGCUUGAUCACAAAAAAUUGCUGAUCCACCUAAUGAUACAGGGAAUUCAGCUUCACUACAAGCUGUUGUUGUCUCUUUGCUUUCGGGCCAACUUUGUGUGUGACCAACAAACUGAGCUACAGGGGAAAAUAUCUCCUCUGGUAAUAAUUACAGAGCCUUUGUACAUGUCCAAUUCCAAAUUAGUGUCAACUUUCUUUUGGGAUUUGAUGUUUUGGAAGAUGGAUCUUUUUUUUUUUUUUUUUUCUUUUGACAACUUUUACAACGGCGGAAAGGGUUGGGAAUGUUGUACUGGCAGUGUAAAAGAGGUUCCUACAGUAUUACUGUCCCUGAAAGAUAGACACAUGCAGAUAGUCCCUGUAUUACAAAUGAAUUCCGUUCCUACGCUGGCGAUGUAACCCGGAUUUCCAUGUAGGCAUGUGCCGGAAUGACAUUUUGACGGUAUGAUAACCUUAAGCAAAAAUACCACGGUUUCACCGUAUCACAGUAUAGAAAAUAUAGCUCUAAAAUGUGUUAUUUUGAGAUGUAUGGGUUAAAAAAAACUUUUUCCCAUUAACUCAUUCACUCCCAGCCAUUUUCACUGGAGCAAGGCCCUUCGCUCCCGGCCAUUUUACUGGAUUUUGACUGAUUUUGCAAGGCCCACAGAAAAUUCUGUUCUAUUGCUAUAUAAACAUGGAAACCACCAAAAGAAAGAUGAGAUUCUCUUCUUUCAGCAAAAAAAAAGUUAGUUCAUAUCCUUUUCCAUUCUUUAGAAAUCAGCAUUAGAAAAUAGCUUAUUUCGAGCAAUUUUCCAAUUUCUGAUGAAAAAAUGGAGAAAUUGAGCUUUUUGUGAAAGCAUACAUUUCAAACAUAACUUUGACUUAUACACAGGUAUUUUUUUGCUUUAGUUACAUCCCAAACAUCUGAAUAAUGUUUUCCUUUUACAAAAUAAGCUAAACAACAAGACAAAUAGAGCUUUUCAUAGCAAAGCAACAAUUUAUUUACACUUAACUAACUGAAAGAUGACAAUGUUCUGGCCGCGACAGCCGGUUAAACUUUUCCCUCAUCGUUGUCUGUCUCAUAAAGAUGAAUUUUUUUGAGUCUCUGCGGGCUCAGCUCGGGAGCAGCACGGACUCAAACGCAUGAUCCGCUGCACUAGUGGUCCCGGUCGUUCUGCUCGGUCAUCCAGCGCCUGGCAUCCCGUGAGUUCUGCUCGGUCGUCCGGCGCCUGGCAUCCUUACGGUCGUUGUUACGUGCCAAAGACGGCUCGCGAAGGGCGUGACAUAAAACAAGCCACACAAAUGUACGAGUGGACACAAAUUUAUUUACACAACAAUCAAACUCGCAAUGAAUAUGUACAGAAUGCAGACGAAGCGUGACUUCAGGGUAAGCCCAGGCCAAAACAACAAACAAAAGGAACUACACUUAAACCCCAUCCGCUAACUAAACCCUGAUCAUGUAAAAGAAACAAAGAAAAGACUGCUUCUAACCUAACUUCCUACUCUAUACAAAACAGGAGAAAACGGGUUGAACAGAAAUGGCGACUUACCCUUACUUGCUUCAGUGCUCUUUUUUACAGUGGUGAACAAAAACGAUCCAAUAACGAAUAAACACAAAAGACCUCACCGAAAAAGCGGGAGUGUAUCAAAGUAGCGAUCGAACGCAAACGAGAGUGAAUGGCGAGCAAAUAGCUGGCGAGGAGGACCGCGACAGAAUGCUAUCAAAUGCGACCUCCCCGAGCGUUGACAGCAGCAGGUUUAAGAAGCUUGGCGCCUUUUUCCGUGGCCAAUCAGCGGCGGUGACGUCGUCGGUCCGUCCCGCGUCGAUCAGCUGUCGUCACAGUGGGAGGGGAAGCAGCCAGCUGGUGGAGGCGACGAUCAGCUGACUGGAAGAAUCUCAGAAAAUUAACUAUUAAACGGCCAGGGCCGUCACAGUCGUCUUCCGCCGGCGGAUGGCAGUGCGGCUUGGCCUUUCGUUGCUGUUGAAUCGGGUUGCGGGUCUUACCAAAUGUGCUACUGCCCUCCAGUGGCCAGUUUUAUUGCUUGAAAUUGAAUCACGACCCAGAGAUGUCUUUUUGGAAAAAAAAAAAAAGAAAAAAAAAAUAUAUAAAAGACCUAUAAAUACAGUACGUCUUUGGGACACUGAAACAAUUGAAAAUAGAACGUAUUUAUGCGUUUUUGGGAGCAAAUGAGUUAAACAGGAUUUUUUUCACAACAUAUUUGAAAAUUGGAACAUCAACAUAGUAUAAUAUUAAAAUAAAUAAAUAAAAUAACAAAAAAUAAAUAACCAAUAUUUUAAAUAAAAUUGAAAAAAAUAUAAAUUAUAGACUAGGCCCACAGUCACAGGCCAAGUUGCUCAACAUUAGAACAAGAACCCUUGGUAAUAUAGAACUGGACUUAGACAAUAUAUGAUCAAACUGGUUUUAUAUAUAACACAUAACACUACUACUAUUAAUAAUAAUUAGUUGAAUAUAAAUGGAAAGCGAAAGUAAGAGACAGAGCACUUGUGUAUGACACGUAUCAUUAUUUACACAUACACACACACCUUCUAUCAGCAAAGUCACCAGCGAGAAAAAACACCACAGACUGUAAUAUGAAAAUUUUAUUUUGAACAGAUGUUUACAAUGGUGAAAAACUUUACAAAAGUAGGCUCAUGGUGGAGAGGAAAGUAGUUAGCCAUCUUGGCAUGCUAACUUGCCACGCUAUCUGCCUCGUUAACAAGCUUACGUUAUAGUAUUUUUUGUUGCAUCACUAAACACGCUGGAGUGAACUCUCGUUGCUGGUCGGAAAUGUUCAUGACAGCGUUUACUUACUUGUGUAAAGUGACAGUGGUUACGUAAAUAUGAAAUCAUGUUGGAGGUCCUGCUGUCCUUCCUCCUCUAUGCCGCGGCCGUUUGUUUCUUUUCGGUAGCCAAAGUACUCCCACACUAGCGACUCUGACUUUUUUGAGGGAGGAAAAAGCUCUCGUGUAGUGUCACCGACAGACACAGGACAGAGCAACAAUUGGAGGGAGAGGGAUGAACACUUCGGCUCGUGUAAAGUCGUGUACUUUGCAACCCGGGGACUACUCGUUUUGUGUAAGCUCGCAUUACGUGUCUAUGGUAUUCAUACAGAAAAUAGGCACAAAAAAACCCACUUAAAAGUCGAGAAGAUGAUGGAUUUUUAGUGUUAGUCCAUUUACAUUUAUGGCCUCUUACAAAUAAAGUAGGUCUGUAAAUAUAGAGACACAAAAUAAAUCUUAAAUGGCUCGUCAGGAGCCGGAAGAUUAAUUUGGAAAGAUUAACUCCUAGUUAUAUUCAAUUUGGUACUGCUGAUUAAAGGGUAGUGUUUUUAUUUUUAUCUAUUUAAAAAAUGUUUACAUAAAUUUGAUCUGUGGAAAGUAUCGGCUCAAGAACUGUUCAAGCACUUGAAACGUUUUAAAAGGUACCGCCUGGUAACUGGUAUUGAACAAAACUGAAACGAUACCCAACCUUAAGCACACUACUGGUAUAUCAUCAGUCUGCGGUUAACAAAAUUUCAGGUAACAAUAUGUAAUUUUUGCCUUAUUCUCAUUGGUUUUCCCUCCCAGCAUCUUUUUAUACCCAGCCUCACAUAAAAAAACACCAUAUCAGCAUCACAAUCUUAUUUUAUUUGAGUAAGUGUUAACAUAAUUCAGGUGGUUUAUUUGACCCAAAUGUCCGCGUUUAUGCUUGUGUUUUCCUCUGCAUGCUGAAUCCUACCCCCCUUAGAUAUUUUCCCCCUCAAAGGUUGUGAUGAGAUUAACAAGUCGAACGUCAAAAAAGCAUCCCCGCUGACUCCCUGACUUUCUCAUUGUUUGCCCUUUCCUUCCAGCACAGUUUUCAACACAACUUUUGAAGACUUUGUCUACAAUUCAGUAGAACCUUUACUGCUAUUGACAUUCUCUUACAUAAUAUUUCUUACAUUUUUAACCUUCUUAACUGACAAAUCACCCCAAAAAAAAAAAAAAUCAAUACCUUUUUGGAAACAGGGUUUCAAGAUCGGAUGUUUAUGCAUGGGAGACGUUUGCUCAUACAAACCAAUGAUAAGAGAGGGAAUAAAUAUUGUGUUUUUUUUGUUUUGUUUUUUUUUUUAAAUCAUGAGAUACAUGAAAAUGACACGAGUUAAGUAAUAACACCAUUUUAUAAUCAUUGCUGACAUUUUGGCUGACACCAGAAAAUCAUGUAGUAUUACUGGAACAUCCUUUAACCCGCUUCAGAUGAAUGCUUUCAAGCACUUCUGUUGAUACCGGUAAUGGGAUUGUCCGAAUUGAGAUCGCUAUCCUGAAUAACAUUAGGUGUGUUGAAAAUUGCUAUGCCCAGUGUGUCUUUAGCAUGCUCUCCUCUUGCUGAUUUUGGAGCGUGACUACAAAUGUGACUCCUUUGUGCUAAUGCCAUUACGGGAGGAAACUGAUGACAAGGAAGUGGCACUGUGGUAUUUGGUGAUAGGAUUUAUCCCAGUUGCUGCAGUAUGCAUUCCUAAAUGUGAUAAAAUGUGCAUAUAGAUUCACUAUGUCAACAUAUUAAUACAAAUAUAUAAACCGAAACCGAAAUUCCCAAUGUUUUAUUAAUGCCUAUUUUAAUAGUUAAUAAAUGUACUAUGAUCCCAAUACGGUUUUAUGUGUUAUACUGUAUGUUUUGUAUGGAAAUAAAGAGAUUCAGGGUAUCAUUUUAGCUUGUGAUCAACGAGUGAGCACAUGUGCAUAUCGUGUUCCCUUCAUAAGAACAACGCUAACUGUGUUAAAUCAGGACGUGAACGUUUGCAGCAAUUCCUCAUUUGAAAUGACGUGCCCCCCUCUUCGUGCAGCCAUUGCAGGCUUUGAUCUGCAGCUCUCAAAAUUCCCUCAGUUGAGUGCCACUUUUGGCGCUUCAACAGAGGGUGCUUGCUGCCCUUUUUGGUUUUGCCCUUACUCUGCUCAGUCAUAGAACUUCAAGAUGCAAAUGACAUUCAACGCUACUGAUCCCAAUUAGAAUUGUUUGUACACACACAAAGUAAAUACAAAAUUAAAAAAGGUGUGCGGACACAACCACGCACACACAACUUUACAUACCGUAUUGGCCCGAAUAUAAGACGGUGUUUUUUUAUGCUCGUAGCAUAUGUGAGUGAAUAAUUUUUUUUAAAGUCCUUUGCAACAGUAACAAAAAAAAAAAAAUACAAUUAAGCGACCAUUACAAACGCCAUUUUUUUCAUUGUGACAUAAUUUGUUUAAAAGUUUAAAAUAUGUGAAUGAAUAAUUUUUUAAAGUCGUUUUUUUUUUAAACGAAAUAUGAGACAUCAAUUAAUUAUUCUAAGCUAAAAAUGAGACAUUUUGAAUAAUAAAUAUAAUUAAUUACCUUGGUUUUAUGGCCGGGUUGAAACAAAAGCGGUUGCACGACGUCUGUAAACGGGGGUUUUCAGGGUAAAACGGACAAAUUAAAAAUAGUUCGGGGGUUUAUGUGCCAUAAAUCUGCUAUGGCAGCAUAUAGACAUAUUUUUCUAUCAAACACAACAGUUGUUUUGGCUUAAAAUACAGCAGUUUCUUUUAAAGAGGAGUGCGAGAGCAGAAAUUGCUUUUUCAGUUUUGUCUGUGUUUUCCGUCAAAUAUAUAUUCUCCUGGUGCUAAAAAAUGUCCACGUUCUUUCUUCCACACAUUCAUUCACACUUUAUCUGCGCAUUGCAGCUCAAUAAAUGACAAUAAAUGUCAUAAUACGCUUCAGAGUGCCACAUUUUGGGCUAAAACAGCCAAAGUUACGUUGUGUCCGACAUGGGGAAUCCGCCCCUAUCCUCUGUGUGCUUUUGCCCGCAUAUAGUGCGUAUCGGGCGGCCCAAGAGCUGAUCAUUACGCAGGGAGGUUCAUCACUAUUUUGUCAUCCAAACAUGCUCGAUGGCCAAUGGGGUGCGCGGAUUGUCUUGAAGUCCAAACUACGGGGGGUUGGAAGGGCCAUAAUUAAUCGCGCGUUAAAAAGUUUGACAGCAAGAAAAGGAGUUUGCGUGAACACUGUUAUUAACGCGUUAAAUGACAGUGUGUAUGGCGGAAAACACAGACAAGACUGAAAAAGCAGUUUCUGCUCUUGCACUCCUCCAUUUACAGACGUCGCACAACCCUUUUGUUUUAACCCAGCCAUGAAAAUAAGGUAAGUAAUUAAAAUUAUUAUUCAAAUUGUCUGUCGUUUUUAGCUUAGAAUCAUUAAUUGAUGUCUAAUAUUUAGUAAAAACAAAAAAACUUUGAAAAAUUAUUCACUCGCAUAUUUUAAACUCACAAUGAAAAAAAUGGUGUCUGUUAAAAAGUCACGAAUACUUACCUCAUAACUAUGGCUUAAUUGCAUUCUUUUUUUGUUACGUUCGCAUUUUUUCCGAUAUGUUAGAUGAUAAAUAAUCGAUCCAAACAAAGAAAAAUUGAAAAAAAAAAAAAAACAUUUAAAAGGGUAAAUAUAUGAAAAAGAACAUCUCCACCACUCCUCGAUGUCUGAGAUUUCUGCAUUGCGACCCUUGUUAUAUGACCAUGUUUCACCCAUAAAAUCCCCCAAAAUUCCAGCUGUGUCUUGACACUCAGUGAUACAUGCUACAUGGAGUUUUUAGAUUGAAACAAGGUAAGUUGUUUAAAAAAAAAAGAUCUUUUUAAAAUGCACUCCUGUUAAAAAAAUGUUUUCCCCCAGAAAAUUGAGAUUUUAAGUUUUCCAAUGAUGUAUCACACAUGUAUAUCGGACAAUUUUGAAAUUUGGCCAAAUUGGGGGUCUCAGAGCGGAACUUCGAGUCACCUGAGUGUUUUCCGCCAUAUAUAUGUAUAUAUAUUGCUUUAAAUCAAAGUUCAGUUUAAUAUUUUUUAGUACUUCAUUGUCCUUGAAGGACAAGGAAUUCCUAACGAGCAGAAACAAAUUGCACAUUUCCAUGCAACAAAUUAAUAAAUUAUUCAAAGAUUAUGAAUUAUCAAUUAGAUUUUUUCCAAUUUAGCAUAAACUCCAUAUGCAUUUCAAUUCCAGUUUCCUCUUUCUAUCGCUACAUUACUUUGUCGCUGUCCAACAAAAAUCCAAUAGCUGUCUCUUUAAUUUUUGUUCAUCUGAAAUACAGCUAACGUGAUGGCUCUUUGAGUUUCAGACUGUUUCACACUUGUAACAAUCCCGAUCAUUAACCGUGUUUUUGAUGAAUAUUGCUGUUUGUUUGCACCUUUAUGGAUCGUCCGUCCGUGUGCUGGAAUUGUAAUCAGCUAAUAAAUCAUUUUGUAGUCAACAAAGCAUGUUAACGGGAAUUCUACUCAUUCAACUGGCACUGAGCUCAUUACUCACAUUUCAAUCAAACAUAAUUUUCAUUCCUCAUCGUCCCUUUCAGAUGUUUUAUACUAUGAACAAUAUUUUAGACAUCCAACAAUCUGGCCAUUUAUGAUUUGAUAAGUAAGCAGUAAAGGUUUGUAUAUUAAUGUAUGUGUAUACCCCGCUUUAAUUUUUGUCAUCCCAUCCUUCCCAUUUUCUUGUCUUUGUAACUAAACUAUUGCACUCAUGUCACUUUGCCAUCUCACCACUGUGUCUUAUGUUUCUUUCCAUCCAUGCAUAUUCCAACCUUUGUCUGGAGCCAGUAAGCAGCAUGGUAUGAUGCAGGAGUUUAGAAAAUAAAAAGGUAGGGUGUCUCAGAUGGGCCACACAACACACCUGUAGCUGUCACGCUUCCAGUAUUUUAGUAUUUUAAUGUUACAAGUGGAACCUUUAACGUGGAAGGCUUUUUUUCCGUAAUUUUUGUGAUGCCACUACAUUCCUAUAUGAUUAUGACUAUGAACUAGAAAAUGCUUACUGGGUGUGUCAUUAUUUUAGUAGAUCUCUGCCUUUUCAUGCUAUUCAUGCCAUUUGUGGAUUUGCCUAUUCAUAUUUUUGUCUCUUCUAAUUUUGGAGGCACAGGGGUACCUCUACAUGCAGAGUUAAUUCGUUCCAGGGCCUUGUUUGUAAUUUGAAAUGGUCGUAUAUCGAGCAGGAUUUUCCCAUAAGAAUACAUUAUAAUUAGGGUUGUUCCGAUCAUGUUUUUUUGCUCCCGAUCGUUUUAGUUUUGAGUAUCUGCCGAUCCCGAUAUUUCCUGAUCCGAUUGCUUUUUUUUUUUUUGCUCCCUAUUAAAUUCCAAUCAUUCCCGAUAAUUUUUCCCGAUCAUAUACAUUUUGGCAAUGCAUUAAGAAAAAAAUGAAUAAAACUCGGACGAAUAUAUACAUUCAACAUACAGUACAUAAGCAGUGUUGUUAAUAACGGCGUUAGAAUAUAACGGCGUUACUAACGGCGUUAUUUUUUUCAGUAAUGAGUAAUCUAAUUAAUUACUUUUCUCAUCUUGGCAACGCCGUUACCGUUACUGAGGCGGUAAAGGCGUGUGUUACUAUGCGUUACUAAGUUGGUUGAAUAAAAAAAGUCUGAGAGAAACGGACUCACGGAGACGAGAGAGCAGAGCAGGAGUGGGGAAGACGCCGUUGCAACCACGAUGCUAAGUGGCUCCAAUAAUACCUGACUAUAGCCAUAGCCGACAAACUACGCCCACAUGACACGGUAGAUAUCAUAUUAUAGAACUAGAUGCAAAUGUCAGACACAACUGCAUUGGCGACAUGUUUCAAGGACUACAUGCGUUAGUAAACAGCCACCAUCUUAAAGCAGUAGACCUAUCAGGAAGGCUCUGAUGUAGAGAUCCUUCCUAGCGAACCUUAGUAACUUUUUAUUUUUUAUUUUUUUUUUAUCUCAAAUGCUCCUAAUUCGGCAAAAUCUAUCUUUAAAUGAUGAAACGGUUUUAAAAUUUACACAUUUAAAGUAGACAGAAGGGAACUAAUGCAAUAACAGGAGCAAUUUUAACAACUUUAACGGUUGAUUCACAACUUUAAAUGACUUCCACACAUAGCAAAGGUUACUGUCUAGUUAUCGCAAUACCCUUGUUUCUAGUUAUGUGGAGGGUAAAGAAUUGGGCUAGGGCCAAUUGUCCCCCAAACCCUUUAAACUUCACAUUGCGUGACCUGUUACAUUCAGGUAACUGAGUUACUAACCCCAUUACUUUUUGGGAGAAGUAAUUUGUCACUGUAAUUAAUUACUUUUUUAAAGUAAAAUUAACAACACUGUACAUAAGUACUGUAUUUGUUUAUUAUGACAAUAAGUCCUCAAAAUGGCAUUUACAUUAUUAGCAUUCUUUCUGUGAGAGGGAUCCACGGAUAGAAAGACUUGUAAUUCUUAAAGGAUAAAUGUGACUUUGUAUAUUGUGACUAAAUAUUGCUAUCUAGUGUAUUUAAGAUUUCAGUAAAUGAUACUGUAGCCAUUUAACUGUUUUGCCCAAAUGCAUGAUUGGAAAUGCAACCAUGACUGUGCGUAGUGGCACCAUUUGAUAUAUCUUCUCUGCGUUGGGAAAUAACAUAGGGUGUUAAGAAAAAGAUCAACUAUUACAUUUCUUCCCCACAUUGCUUCCGACGAUAUCACUAAUUGUUGAGAGAGGGAUUUUAAGGUUUUAGCCAAUUAAAAAAAGGCUCCAAAGACUGCCAAAAUUCACUCUACUCAUUUUACGCUGCCUUUUAGCUCUAUAUAUAGGUAAAACGGCGCUAUUAUAGAUUGAACGCGACAAUGCGUGAGUGGGUCGUGCAGCGCGUGCGUUAAUUGAGUGAAAUAUUUUAACUUGAUUAAUUUAAAAUAAUUAAUUACCGCCGUUAACGCGAUGAAUUUGAUAGCUCUACUUUAAGCCAAAACUAAAGACUAAAGACAUUUUGUCUGUCACGUUAAAUACAAUUAGAAAACGUUUUCAUUAAAAAAAAAAUAUAUAUAUAUAUAUAUUAACAAAAGGCAUGUCCGAUAUUUUUUUGACGAUUCCGAUACUUUGAAAAUGACGUGAUCGGACCCCCCGAUCGAUCGGGACAUCUUUAUUUAUAAUUCUAUUAAUUCGUUCCACAGCCUGAAAACCUACACUAAAUCCUUAAUAAAUGCUGCCGGUACUAUUGCAAAUAGUAACUAGGCCUGCAAGCAGGACUGAACGGGCCCUCGCAAUCUAGCGCAACUCGGACUGUGUGCAGGUCAGGGUGGUGGCAGAUCCUCCUCUCUAAUCAUCUCAUUAGAACCUAACAUGCUCGAAAGUCGCCUAUUUACAUUCCCACACCCAAGAGAUAAAAAACCCUAUUGGAGAGAGUACUACAAAAAAGGAGCCACUACUGAGCUGUGCAGCCAAGCCCUUAUUCAAAACCAAAAUUAAUCUUCUAACUGGGCCAAUUCGACCAAGUGUGCCAACUAUUGUGGCUCUAUAAGCUCCCUGAGUCUCUGAAAAAAAAUAUUUCCUUUAAAUGGCGAACAAAGGGUCGUCACGGCAACAGACAGAGACACGUGGACAUGGGCCGUAAAAAAGUAUUUUAAUAGGUCUUGAAACUACAAUGACCAACAUGAAAAGAACUGGACAUGUUUUGGAAAAACGAGUGACUUUCUAUCGCCACUAGUUGGCGCUGUAGGGUUGAUGCAAAUGACCCCUACAAGGCCCUUCAGGGUAUGACUCUCAACAAGCACGGGAAGUUUGGCGCAGAUAUCUUGUAUA